GGCCGGGAGGUGCGCAGCAGCAAUGCAGUCUGUGUGGGGCUGAUGUCCCCUCAGCCCUGGGGAGCCCCACGGUGCAGCCAGGCAGCGGCAUCCCGAAACUGAGGGCGCAUGGAGGAGGACCCCACUGUGAGCCAUGGCUGAGCAGCACGUGGGCUCCAGGGGUCGGCGCAUGGGAUCCAGCCGGCGGCGGCAGCUCCGCAGGGAUGCAGCUGAAGAGCCACCGUGGGCAGCAGCUGUGAUGCAGAAAGUCCAGGAUGUGAUCCAGGAGCAGCGCGGGGGCACGGAGGGGUUCAUCACUCGUGCAGAUAUGCAGAAACUGCAGGAGGAGGUUGUCCCGUGCAGCACGGAGGAGCUGGAGCUGCUCUUUGAUGGGUUGGAUGCUGCUGGCACCGGGCAGCUGAGCGUUGAGGAAUUCACUGCUGGGCUCCGGCGGUUCCUGAGUUCCCAAAAAAUCAGCAGGGAGCAUCGGCGGCGGAAAGCAGCAUCACGGAGGAGCUGCCUGGUCCUCACCAGCCCCACGUGGGAAGAGACGGACAGCGAGGAGAAGAAACACUUUGCAGCCUUCAUGGAGCAACUGGGAGUGGAUGACAGAUGGGAAGAGCAGGAGAUCUGGCAGCUCUGGGCCAAGCUGAGGGAGGAUGAGCCCCAACUCCUGGGCAACUUGGAGGAUUUCCUGGCCAAGAUGAGGCACCGCAUCCAAGAAGCCCGGAGCAAGAAGGAGGCCUUGGAGGAGGCCCUCAACAAACGCGUGGCUGAGCACAAACAGGAGGUGCAGCAGCUCUGCGAAGUCCUGGAGCAGCAGAUCCAAGAGGAGCGGCAGCGAAUGGAGCAGGAGAGCACAGCCCGGAGCCGCCUGCACUGCGCGGUGCUGCAGCGAGCGCUGGAUGCCAGAGGCAGGGAGGUGCAACGCUUGCUUGCAGCGCAGGAGGAGCUGGAAGCACAGUGCCGCAGUCUCAGCAGCACACAGCGAGCUGCCAGUGCUGAGAACCGACAGCUGGAGGAGAACAAGCGGGCGCUGGAGGAGCAGCUGCAGCACAUCCACACACAGCUGCAGCAGAGCCACGAGUGCCUGAGGGCUGCCAUGGCUCAGCAGCGGGCAGAGAAACCGCGGGAUGAAGAGGAGGCAGAGCUGCCCAGUGAGACGCUGCCAUCCCUGCAGAUGAACCCAGGGCAGCAGUUGUCGGAGAUGCACGUCAAGUUGGGCUCCCAGGGCAGCGAGCCCAAGCUCAGGAGCACCCACCACGUGGUGUGGGAAAAGCCAGCAGCAGACACAAACACGUCACGGCUGCUCUCUGUAGAAGAGGAUCCCUUCCCCGAAUUUCUGAAAGAGGAACGGUUUUCUGGCCAAGGCUCUUUGCUAAGAGAGAUGAAUGAUGCAAUAGCAGCUCUGAGCAGGCAGAAGCUGCAACCACUGGGAGAUGCUGCUCACUGCCCACACGAUGAUGCUGAGCCCCAAACAGGACCAAGCGGCUCAGCCCCACGAGGGACCCACAUCAGUCACAAGGUGUUGGAAGAAGACCCGAGAGAGGGACGAGCUGCAGCUGAGCUUCGUGCUGGGGACGGGACACAGGCUGAUGUGCAGCUGCUAGGUGGUUCGGGACAGGCAGCCCAGAGGCAGCUCCAGGAGCAGGUCUCAGCACAGGCAGACAAGGGGAGGCUUCGCACUGCUCCCCAGCAGCCACAGAAGCCACCAGGCGUGAUGGAAGCAGAACAAGCAGCUGCUGGACCUGCUGAGACUCCAAAACAAGAAGUGCCACCAGCAUCAGCCCUUCACACAGGGAUCCUACAAGGGGAAGAUGCUGUGAAGGAUCUCUCAGGGAUGGCCCUCGGGGACAGCCCACUGGUGGAGGCAGUCAGCAGCGGGGCACAGCUCUCAGGAGAGCAGAGAGAAGAGCUCGAUGUGGAGAAGAAACAAGAGAUGGAGAAGAGCCCAGGAGGGGAGCCCAGCCAUGGAGAGCCAGAAGCUGUGACUGUGAAUGGAGCAGGAGCUGCCCCAAAGGGCUCUCUGGAGCCAGACCACCUCUACAACGUGCUGUUUGUUGGGGACUCCCAUGUGGGCAAAACCUCCUUUCUGUACCGACUGCAUGCUGACACCUUCAACCCGCACCUUGCUGCCACCGUAGGGCUGGAUUAUCAGGUCAAAAACCUCGUGGUGGACAACAAGCGCUUCGCUCUCCGCCUGUGGGACUCAGCUGGGCAGGAAAGGUAUCACAGUGUCACCAAGCAGUUCUUCCGGAAGGCAGACGGGGUGGUGCUGAUGUACGACGUCACAUCGCAGUACUCCUUUGCUGAUGUGCACUACUGGCUCAGCUGCAUCCAGGAGGGAGCAGAAGAUGGAGUCACGGUUCUGCUUCUGGGGAACAAAACAGACUGUGCUGCAGAGAGGCAGGUCCCUACGCUGGAGGGGGAGCGCCUGGCUCAGGAGCAUCAGCUCUUGUUUUACGAAUGCAGCGCUGCCUCCGGCCACAACGUCACUGAGUCCAUCGUCAGCCUGGUCAGGGCACUCAAAGUUUGUGAAGAUCAAUUGAGAAAUAAGGCAGAAGAGGUACCAAAGCUGCCUCAGAAGAAAAAAGGAUGCUGUUGGUGAUGGAGAGAGUCCUUGCUGUGGUCUGAAACUGCAACGGCAGCCAGAAAAGCAACUGGAGAUGAGGAGAGACCACAGGACGACUGCUCAGAGAAAUCAGGGUUAUGAACUCCACCAGGGAGGGUGUGAUAUUGCAGUGACAGCAGCUGAAGAAGCAACACAGCUCCAGCAGCUCUCUUAGACACGUGCAUCUCCUCUGCAGCUCAGUGCCCCAGCACCUCUGUAUCACCAGAGCCUCCAUCCCCUACCUGGCUGCUCCCACCCCAUCCCUCUGCCACCUCCUGUCCUCCCUUGGCCCUAAUCCUUGAAGGACCUUUUUUGCUUGAUGCAAUAUAUGCUCCCAUGCACUCCCUGGCAAUCCCCUUCUGCCACAUUUCGUUAUAAAAUGAUUUUAUUACUGGGUGUGUUAUGGGGCUGGCUUGAAGAAUGGAGUGACUCAGGAAGAACUUCCAUGGCUCAGCUCGGGGCUGAGGCUGGACUCGGUGUUCAGGUUACCCACAACAGGAUUUUUUUGUGCCCAUCUUCCCUAUUUCUGCUUUGUUGUCUUAUCUUAAAGCAAUAUAAUCCCAAGAACCCUUUGCAAGUCUGGUCGAUGAGGAGAGGAGCACCAUUCCAGCCUGACCAGCUCAAAUGGGCACCUCUCACUGGCUCUGUGUGACCCCCCUGCAGAGCUGCCCAUGCACCGAAGCCUUUCAGCAGAUCUGCUCUGUCCCUUCCCUAAAUUUGCUGGGAUUAUGUGCAGCAGAUGCUGCCCGUCCUGGGCAAUCCCACUGCUGCUCCACGAGCAAUUCAUUUGCUCGCAAAAGUGUAAGGAGCUGAGCCUGAAUUCCCCCAUUAGAUGGCAGCAAAUGCGGCUGAACCUUCAUUGCUGCUGCAAGCAAAGAACAGCAGGGCCUGAAACUGAUCUGCAAAAGAAAAAGCUUCGCAGAGCAGCAGACAGAAAGAAAUUUCUGUUCUCUUGGAAAUCGUGUCUAUAGAAGAGGAUUGAAUCUGUGCCCGGAUGCGUUGCAAGGCAGUAAAGCAGGUUGGAAAACACAGAGGUGG